AUGUCAACCACUAGUACGGUUCCUUCAGAUAUAGCAUCUACAUCAGCAUCCACUGCUGCAAUGUCAACCACUAGUACGGUUCCUUCAGAUAUAGCAUUAAUAUCAGCAUCCACUGCUGCAAUGUCAACCACUAGUACGGUUCCUUCAGAUAUAGCAUUAAUAUCAGCAUCCACUGCUGCAAUGUCAACCACUAGUACGGUUCCUUCAGAUAUAGCAUUAAUAUCAGCAUCCACUGCUGCAAUGUCAACCACUAGUACGGUUCCUUCAGAUAUAGCAUUAAUAUCAGCAUCCACUGCUGCAAUGUCAACCACUAGUACGGUUCCUUCAGAUAUAGCAUUAAUAUCAGCAUCCACUGCUGCAAUGUCAACCACUAGUACGGUUCCUUCAGAUAUAGCAUUAAUAUCAGCAUCCACUGCUGCAAUGUCAACCACUAGUACGGUUCCUUCAGAUAUAGCAUUAAUAUCAGCAUCCACUGCUGCAAUGUCAACCACUAGUACGGUUCCUUCAGAUAUAGCAUCUCAUCAGCAUCCACUGCUGCAAUGUCAACCACUAGUACGGUUCCUUCAGAUAUAG